CGAACGACCAAAAGAAAAGUUGAAUGACAAUCUUCUGCUCUGCAAAGACAAAGAAACAGCUUUGUUCGGAAUCAUUCGCGGGAAAUCUACAAUGGGGAUUGUUGUCAAGUCUUUCAAAGAUCAAUUCUCUGCUGAUGAGCGAUUGAAAGAGUCAAGGAACAUCAGAGCUAAAUAUCCAGAUAGAGUUCCGGUGAUCAUUGAGAAAUAUUCAAACGCAGACCUCCCUGACAUGGAAAAGAACAAAUACUUGGUGCCACGAGACAUGACUGUUGGACACUUCAUUCACAUGUUAAGCAAUAGGCUACAUUUAGAUCCAUCUAAAUCUCUCUUUAUUUUUGUAAAGAAUACACUUCCUCAAACGGCUAGUUGCAUGGACUCUUUGUACAAUACUUUCAAGGAAGGAGAUGGUUUCUUGUACAUGACUUACAGCACCGAGAAAACAUUCGGCUAACAAAAAGAUUCAUUGCUUAUAUUUGAAAAGUUCAUUCUCAAUAAUCCGUCUGUUUGAUACAUAUGUUUGUGCUCAAUAAAUGAAUGUCAGCUAUUGCUGUUGUUGUUAAUUAGCUGAGAUUUUGUACAGAAAAGCAUAAAACAUUUCGACGUUGUAAAUCAUGUUGCAGACAAAUGCAAUGAUAAUAAAAC